UUGUUGAGCGCAGCGUUUUGGCAUUACAGUUCGGACCAGAAUUUGUGUGGUGAAAUAUAAUUGUUCGCAUUUGCAGCUCAGUGCACUUCCGCAAUGGAUGCACGAGGGAGCUAUUGGUACCUGGAGCAUGUAAGCACCGGUAAAAAGCUGAUUCUGCAGUCUGGCGACAACUCGGUGGGCAGGCACUCCUGCUGCAAGAUUGUUUUAAAGGAAUAUGACUUUCUGUCUAGACAACAUGCGAAGUUUAUCGUAAACAGUGAAAAUAUCGUUAUCCUGGAGCAGUUGAACGCAUUGAAUGGCGUGUUUAUAAAUGAGUCCAAGCUCGAAGUAAAUACGCAGCAACUUAAUUGCGGCGAUAGAAUCGGUCUUGGCGUCCAAAUUGAAACACCGCACGAUGUUGUGCCGCCAAAUUAUGCUAUAUUUCAAUUGAAAAAGACGUGUCCAAAUGAAGAGGACAUUGUCGUCAUAUCGGAUGAUGAAGAUAAUGACCAAACCCCGACAAGACCAACAGAAAUGGCCAAGGAGGGCAAUAAAGAGGACCCCGAACUGAAAAAUGGAGAGGUCAGCAACAAAGAUAAUGCAGCUGAUAAGAGCCCAAUAAAGCCGACUUCACAUCGUUCAAUACAUUUGCCAAAGCUGCCAGAGAUGAAGCAGGAGCUCCUGUCUCAGGCAACCAAAGAGAUUGAGAACAUUUUCGGCGAGCCUGAUGAGGAUUUGCUUGAAUCGGUUUUUCAAAUAAAUCCGUAUGUAUACAAGCAGCUGAACAACAACAACAUUGCUACAACUGGCGAAAAAAUACGCGACGGCGACGUAAUUGAGCUGCCGGAGGAGGUUAACCAGACGGGCGAAGAUUUGCCCGAAAAGGAGGCUGAAAACCCAGUAAUGUCACCGCCACCGCCACCGCCACCUCCUUUAUCACCAGGAGAAGAUCAAAUAGUUAUAGGUGACUACCAGGAUGACUAUGAUGAAAACUUUGCAAUGUCGCAAGCUGUGCUGCGCGAAAUGAAAGAGGAAAUGGCCGGCGGGUCGGCGGAUCUAAGUGAUGCGGAUCCUGACGACCUGCACGACGAAGAAUUUCUGCCUCCAGCUUCAUGGAUUAAAAGUGAAAUAGCCACUCAAAUUGAUGACGAUGAAAUUAUACUCAUUGAGGACGAAGACGACGAGCUCUACAGCAAAGUAGCCGAUUGGUCAUCAAAGCUGCUUACUCAGAAUCUUAUGUCCCAGGUUUAUCCACUGGAUGAUGGGAAAAAUGUUGAAGGACAGGCCAAUGAUCCUAUUCCAGAUGAUGACGACGAUUCUCAGCUUUCGGAAAAUAUUUUUAUGAGCCGUAAAUCCAAAGCGCUGCGCAUUGACAGCAGCAGUAGCGAAGAUGAAUUGUCGGCCCUUUUAUCUGUUAACAGCAGCACACCGCAAAAACCCAAGAUGCGCAGAUGCAGCGUGCGUCUGAAAUCGAUCGACAUGUCGCAACGGCAUCAAAAUAGCACGGACAACUUGGCAAACAGUCCUCUUGCUGUCGUUGAAGACAAUCGGCAGGAAUUGGAGGUAGUUUUAGUGCCCAGUGUUCAGCAUGCCGCAGCCAGCGCGAAAGCAGCAAAGAAAACGUCCACACCGCGCAAGCGUAACAAAACUGUUUCGGAACGCUCUCAGCUUAAAGAGCUGCCAACAAAGCCAGAAGCAACUGAGCCACUGCCAGAGGCCAAAGAGCCCACCAAGAAACGUAGUUCGCGGCUGCGAAACAGGUCCAAGUCUUGUUAUUUAGAAAGCCCCUUGUCCUCGCCAACGAGGCCACAGAAGACGGGAACAGUCGAGAAAAAGCAAGCCAAGGACCUGCCAUCUAAGAUAACUAAACCAGAGACCAAAACACCCGCGGAAACAAGCAAUUCGCGCAUACGAACCAGAUCCAAAUCUUAUUAUAUGGAAAGUCCUUUGUCUUCGCCAACGAGACCACAAAAAAACUCAACGGUAGCCGAUAAACAGGUCGAAGACCUGCCAGCUGAGAUACCUGAACCAGAGACUGAAACACCUACCAAAAAACGCAGCUCGCGCAUGCGAAAUAGAUCCAAAUCUUGUUAUAUGGAAAGUCCUUUGCCUUCGCCUACGCGACCAAAACAUUCCGAAACGGUUGGCGACAAUCAACUCGAAGACUUGCCAGCUGAGAUACCUGAGCAAGAGACUGAAACACCCGCUAAAAAUAGCAGCUCGAGCAUGCGGAACAGAUCUAAAUCUUGUUAUAUGGAAAGUCCUUUGGGUUCGCCAACGCGACCAAAACGCGACAAGCAACUCGAAGUGCCAGCUGAGAUGCCUGCACCAGAACUUAAAACACCCACAAAUAGGGUCAGUCCUCGCUUGCAAAACAGAUCAAAGUCUUGUUAUAUGGAAUCUCCAAUGCCGUCCCCACCGCAGAUACCCAACAUUACAAAUACAGAAAAAGAGAGGGAGCUGCCGGCAAAAUCUGCUCCAGGGCCCGAAACACCCAUAAAGAAAUGCAGCCCCCGUUUGCUAAGCAGGUCCAAAUCUUGUUAUGUUGAAGGCCCCAUGUCCUCGCCAAAGACACAAAAUGCAGACAAAAAGAAAGAAGUGCCAACAAAACCAGACGAAAUAAUACCUGCUCCAGUCCAGGUAACACCCAUCAAGAAAGCACUCAGCGCACGCUUAUUGAACAGGUCCAAGUCUUGCUACAUGGAACGUCCCGUGCCCUCGCCUGCAAACUCAGAGGACGCGACAAGCAUUACUAAAUCGGUAUCUACAGAGAAUAGUCGGGGGCCAGAAGUGAUUGCAGCACCACAUUUGCCCAAAAACCGUGGCAAAUUGCGUGGCGUUUCAGCUGCAAGCAAGGAAAAUGAGCGCCGAAAUCAAAUUCUGGAGAGACAACGUUCAGUGGAAUACCAAGCGGAGAUGAAAGCGAAAUGGUAUCAAAAACCAAAGGAUAAGAAGCGCGAGUGUGAACAAAUAAAAGAGAAGCGUCGCGAGCAGCUGAAAAAAAUUGCCGACAAGCCAAAGCAGGACGCAGCGUCUGACCGCGCCGAUGAACGCAAACGUAAACCAACGAGCGUGCCCACGCUGGGUAAUUCGAACCGUGGAGAAUUUCUCACCAAAGGCGUGCAGCCACCAACAGCAAAGAAGCCCAAGCUGGAUAAGGCGCAGGCAAAGCCUGAGAAGCCAACGCACAAGCGUCGUGCCACAAUAGAGUCCUUCUCCCAGCAGCUGAAUGCCGCCGAUUUAGUUAAGAGUCCGCCCACCCACUAUAGUCGUCCGCCCGAGCGCAAGGAGGCGGAACGGGCGCGUAAUAAAAGAACCUGCAAUCGUGUUACUUUCGCUGACAUGGACCGCGAGUUUGAUUUGCGCCAGGAGCGCGAAAAGCGAGCUAAAAGCAAUCGACAUGUCCGAUUCAACGACAAUAUACAAAUCAAAAUAAUUGAACGGGUUGAAGGUGCUUAUAGAAAAGUAGCUGGUGUUAAGGAUACCAAGAAGGUUACACUUAGCACAUACGCGGAGCGUCGCGCAUGGUCACAAGCACAGGGUAGAUUGGAAAACUUUACCGAUUUGAUUAUGGGCAACAUUAUUAACUGGGGCAAUCAGUGGUUAGCAUUGCGCAGCGCCGACGCGGUGGCCGAGUCUGAGGUCCUAAUACCCAUUCCAAAUGAGUUCAAGAGCUACAAACAGUACAGAGACAUUAUUAUACCCCUGAUGAAAUUGGAGCUGAUCUCUACCAUAGAGCGUGACUACAAGAUUUCCAAAAGCACAUUUGAAGUCAAUCUGUAUAACAUUUCGAAUGCAAACUCUCGAAAUCGACCUCGCUUCGUGCUGAACACCAGAUACAAUCAGAAGCUCGGCAAGAGAUUUGACCUGUACACCAUAAGCUGUGACAAAAAGCUGAAGGAGACGUUUGCAUCGAUUGCACGCAUUCAGCGCAUAGCCGGCAACAAUUGUGAGAUAUGCUUUGAGAUAUUGCAAGAGAACAUCAGCUUGGAUGUGCUUAACUCAUGCCAGACGUUAACUGUACGCCCUGUGGUGGACAAUAUACGUGUUGAAAUGGGCGCUUUCAAUGCCAUUUAUUUGCUGGGUCGCUCGCCGUUGUUCCAGCGCAUACUGCAGCCCAGCGAGAACGUCUUGUCCUAUGACAACAGACUAUUGCAGCCAGCGGCAUAUAAAGGUUUCAAGAGACUAAAUAACCAUCAAAUGGACAUUUGUCAGCGCACCUGGAGUCGUUUGAUCGACGAUUCGACGCCUAGCAUAACGCUAAUACAGGGUCCACCCGGCACAGGCAAAUCCGUGGUCAUUUCGAAUCUCACGCUACAGUGCAUGUAUGGCAGCAGUAACCAUACGCUUGACCGCAAGAUUCUAAUAUGUGCACAUAGCAACGCUGCUGUGGAUAAUAUUACGCUGUAUUUGAAGCGUGCCCGCCAGGCCAUGAGUCACUCACAAUUUGAGCUCGUGCGGUUUGGUUUCUUUGAGAAAAUGGACCCAAAUGUGCGAGACGUUUCGCUGGAUGCCUAUCUCGGCAAGAAGCUAGCCGAGAAACGCAAGCGUCUGUCGGCCGAGCAUAUUGAGGCUCUUACUAUGCAGCAACAGCAGUUGGAAACGGAAAUUGCUGAACUUAAAAAGCUUCCUGCUCAGAUUAAUUACAUGCAGCAACAGCUAAAUUCCAAAGAGAGACAAUUGCGCCUGAUAAUAGAGCAAUUGAAGCCGCCUCUGACGCCCCGCGAAGAACACGAGUUUUCCAUGGCGUGCUUACAACGCGCCAAUAUUGUUUGCACUACGCUCUCCAGCUGCGUUAAGCUGGCCGCCUUUAUUGAUUACUUUGAUGCAUGCAUCAUUGACGAGGCAACACAGUGCACCGAGCCCUGGACCCUGCUGCCGCUGCGCUUUGGUGUACGUGGUCUUGUGCUGGUGGGUGAUACCCAGCAGUUGCCUGCAACUGUGCUGUCCCAGAAGGCAAUUGACUUUGGCCUUGGUAAUUCCAUGUUUGAUCGCAUUCAGCGCAACUUGAAACAACAGCUGGAAAAACCUCGAGGCAAUCAUUUUGUGCACACCAAAGUGUUUAAGCUAAGCAUGCAGUACCGCAUGCAUCCAGAGAUUUGCCGAUGGCCCAAUAGUUACUUUUACGAUAAUCAGCUGGUCAAUGCCACCUGCACCGAGCGACUGAUCUCACCCUUUAUUCCCUACUGCGUCAUCAAUUUGAGUUAUACCCGGGACACUAACGAUACGAGCAGUCGAAGCAUUAGCAACGAUGAGGAGGCACGUUUUGUGGCAAAGCUGCUUAUUGAGAUGGACAAGUUGAUGCCCGCCAAACGCUUUAGUUAUGGACUAAUUACUCCUUACAGCAAUCAUUGCUAUACGCUUAGUCAGGUGAUACCCGGCCACAUGAAGAUUACACCGCAGACCGUUGACGCGUAUCAGGGCCAAGAACGGGAUAUCGUCAUCCUAUCGAAUGCACGCACGCGCGGCGUCGGCUUCCUUACCAACUACCAGAGACUUAAUGUGGCCAUCACUAGACCGCAACGCUGCCUAGUAAUCUGUGGUAAUUUUGAUGAUCUGCAGUCUGUAAAGAUAUGGCGUCAUUUGCUGGACGAUGCGCGCAAACGUGGAGUAUACUUUGACCUGGAGCGCAGCGAUGUUGAGGAUUUGCCUCGAUCACUAAUAGGCAAAAUGCUAGUAAAGCCAAUCGAAAUUGUUGAUGACACUGCGCCGCCGUCCAACUGAUAGCAAUUCAAAUUUGCUAUUGCCAUAAGUACACCACCAAAGUGCCAAAGCAUAUUUCUGCAAUUCGAAAUAUAUGUAGACAUUAGCUUAUAAAUAAGUUGCCCUUUUUCUACCAUCUUCUUCACCCUGAAACAGGAUUUGUUAUUCGUUACACAAAUAGUUUAUUUAUAGUUUGUUUUUAUUAAUAUUAAUUUGUUUUUGUAACAUCAAUAGAGACUUGGCUUAUAUCUAAAACAGUUGCCCAACUCUAAUUUGAAUUGAAUGAGUCAACGGAAUUUCUCGUUUAAAUGAUAUUUAUUUCCGAAAGGAACUAAAUAUAUAUUUUUAUAUAAAUAAAUAUGUCCAUGCACAUAUAUAUAUAUAUAUAAAUAUAUACAUAUACAUAUAUGCACAACAAAAAUUUGCAAUGCAUAUCAAUUUGAAUAUAUGAAGUUUUUGUUCUGAUCACUGGAAAAUAAAACAAUAUUUGACUAACAUUAUUGCACUAGAAAGAAUAAGCAUAACAUAAAUUGAAAGUCUUUAGAUACUUGAUCGUACGUAUAUUGUUUAGUUAACAACUCAAAUGCUCAUCCAAAAAUUAUGUUUUAAGUUAAAAUAUUUACUAAAGAACAUUUCACAAUCUAAACUAAGCGCGUCUCUCUGGCAUGACUAAUCUCGGCUCGGAGGCGUAGAUCUUUUUCAAUUAAUAGUAAGUAAAGUAGCACACAUACAUGUAUGUAUAUACACUAGAUAUAGGUGUAUAUAUACACACAUAUAUAUAUAUAUAUAUAUAUUGUAAAUUCACACACAGACAUACAAACAUUAAAUUCAUCAUCGUUAUAAUUGUUGCUUUGCCUUUCGACGGCUUCCACAAGCAUUUUUUUCCACUGUUUAAUUCGAUUUGGUAAAAGGUCAAUCUCAUAACGCGAUCGUAGGGCUCGUUAAAAUUAAUGGAAUCGCUUAACAAAUCACCGGUAAACGGAUUGUAAUUGCACUAUAUAAUGCCAUUAUCAUAAUAGUAAUCGUAAAAGAAAUAACUUAAAAUUGUAAUAACAACAAAAAUCUAAACUAUAACUAAAAACAUAACAAAAAUUAUGUUAAAAAAAAUUUAAACUAUUCAUAGUGUUCGAUUCAAUUGAAUCAUUUUUGGGGGCCCUUACAACAUCUGUAUGGCGCUUGCCAUAUUUUCAUAUACGGAUAUAAAUAUGUAUGUAUAUAUAUAGAUAUAUAUAAAUAUAUAUAAAUUUCUUUUUAUAAUGAAUAUAUAUAUAUGUAUAUAUAUGUAGAGACGUACGACUAAAGCAAACAGUUGUUGUUGUCUAAUAUUUUAAUUAAGCAUGUCGCCAAGUGAGUCCUUUAGCGAUUGAUAAAUUUGGUAUUGUUGAUCCGGUUUUAAAUUAUAAAUCUGUAAAAGAUGGGUUUUUUAAGUUAUGGAAAUAUAUGUAUCUUAAAAAGUGCAACGAACCUGCGUCAAGAGCUUUGACGGCGAUGGAGUUCUAAUGAAACUUGAGAUGUAAACGUUGACAAAGGUGGCCAUCAAAAACUGACAGUCAAAGCGGUCCAUAAUGCCGCCAUGGCCAGGAAUCAUGUCACCAAAGUCCUAAACACACAAACAUAUUAAAAAAAAAAAACAAAUGCGCUGAAAGUAUGUCGACUCACCUUAAUUUUAAAUGCGCGUUUGAAGCCAGAGGCAAAGAAACCGCCAAAGGGUCCAAUUAUAGAGCUGAACAUGCUCAGCGAGAUUGAGUGCCAUAUGAAUGGAUAAAUAUUCAUUGUCUUGCCAAUACCAAACUGAAAUUGCAAUUGAUUAGUAUACAAAUCAAUACUCUUUAAGGAAGCCAUAUUAAAGGCGUGUGUGGAUGUGUUAGGGUGUCUUACCAAUUUCAGGCUGUACUCCUGUGGCGUGAACAGAUAGCUGGGCACACAGGACAUUGUCAUUCGACCCAGUUCCUCGGAAUAUUGGAUGGGGCAGAUGAAGUAUUGGUAAUUGCACAAAAUGUAUGAGAAUAAUAUGCCAAAGAGAACGGUGGCAAACCCACCACCGAUAAAGCCCUCCCAGGUCUUCUUGGGGCUGAGCUUGAUGAGAGGCGUGCGUCCAAAGAAGAAACCAAAAACAUAUGCCAUGACAUCAUUGCAAACAAUCAUCGAAACGGGCACUAUAAACCAAAUAAGCCCCUCGAAUAUAUUCUGUAUAAUUAGAUAGCUCUGUGUGACGACAAUUAGCAGCGAGACGUGCGUCCAGGCAAAUAGGCUGAACUGCUUGAUAUAAUAUUUCUUCACCAGCGAGAGCACGAACCAAACAAAGCCAACUAUAUACAGUGCGAACGAUAGAAAACGAUGAUAGGUGACUAAGAACUUAAGGUAUU